AUGUCUUGGGGACGUUCAGCUAAGGGUGGCCGGGUUGAACGAACUCAUUUUUUACCCUCCAUCAGCAAUGGCCCACUGUUGUGGCUUCAUACAGGAGAGAUCACUACUGAUGGUUGCACACAACUGCACACUCACUAUGUGCCUGCUCCCUCCCUCCUCGCCUUCGACUCCCCGAAUGUUGGCUCUGAUGAAGGCAUGCUCUUUGGCAGCAACUGGGAUGAAUCCCCCCUGGAAGAGGACGGGCUGCAGGAUCUCAUUGCAUGUGACAAACACAAACACACUGCUGCGAUGUUUUGCCAAGUGUGCAUGCUUCACAGUCACAUGAGUAAUCCUUUGCACAGGAUUGAUUGCACCACCCUGAAAAAAAUGGGUCUACAUGUGCAGCUAGGACACAAGCCAGCAACCACAUCGGAUCCUCACACUGCUGCAACAUUCACUCUACUGGAGCACUUCCACCUCCUGUCUUUCGAGAGCAAGGUUUUGGCCUAUGAAUUUUACCACUCACUGGCAAGACGAAACAACAAUGCGGGCCUGUUGCAAAUAAGGGAUCGCUACUCUGCAUUCAUGCGCAUGGUCCAUGAAUGGAGACAUCUCAGGCAGCUCCGUCGUGCAGGGAGAGGCCAUGAUCCUGCUGGUGCCAAGGCCACGACUGCAGUAUCAAGCGGAAGCAUAGGGCGGAUGGUCAGAAGGUGUUUGGAUGGAGUGGAGGACGGAUGGGGCGGAAGCGGAAGGGAUGAGUGUCGGGUGGAGCAGAUAUCAAUAUUGUCAGAGCAGAUGGAUCAGGGUCGGAUCAGGUAUAUGACACCUGGCAAAAAUAUACCGCAAGGCUGGCAGGAUGAGCUGUUAUCGGUUAGGUGGAAAUACGCACUGUUUAUUGUGAUCAAUGCCAACUUCCAACUGAAACACAAGGCAGUAUCUUCGGAUAAUAGAGAUCCCAGCCUCAACUCUGGGUGGGCGUAUUUCGUCAAGGAGGUGGCAUACAAGUCAUAUUUGGCCGAUCAAGCUGGUGCAAAGCAAGAUCACAGCACAUGCGUUAGUCAUAAUGCUGUCAAUAUGGCAGACACAAAGUCCUCGCAUGGCCUGGCACCCACAGGUGUUGGUGCAGUAGAUUGUGCCAGACAUGACAUGAAACUCGCCAAUGGUGUCAGAGACCUACAAAAGGGUGACAAAUACAUUAACAUGGACUACCUUGUGUUCUCGGCACUAUUGGCCUUCACAGUAACCAUGAUCAAUAUUUCCUAUGACAUUGCAUACAGUGAAGCUCCUGAGCGCGGAUGGUCAAAUAUAAACCAGGUCGCGACAAGCACAAAGGAGAUGGGUCCAGGAUCAUGUCGAGAUACACUCGACAAUCAUUUCAGGGAUUGGAAUUGGAAGAAGGUUAUGGCACUGGGAAUAGGCCGUACACUCUUGCGCAAGAUCACUGACACCAUUAAGUGGAAGAAGGAGCACAGGGAAGGACUGGCAGAGCUAGAAAGAACCAUUCAGCCAAUGCUCAUCCUUCAGUGGAGGAAAGAAGUUGAAGCUUGGGACGAGGACAACUCUCAACCUAAUCCGUUCAAGAGCCACUAUGCCUCUAUUACACAAGCUGCAGUUCAUCUACAGCUCACUGAGCUUGAAGCCCACAAACUUCAGGCUGGGAUGAACAUCUCCCUGCAUACCAACAUUUCUCCAAGCAGAUUAAUCACCACCGACAUCGAUCUACAAGACCAGCAGUGA